AUGUAAAGUUUGGAGAGUGAGAUAUUUUGGUCUAUGUUGGUGGUAUUGUAAGCGUAAUACCGCCAUUUCUUGUAGGAAGGGAAGCGUUUGUAUUUUAGUUUAAUAAUUAGUGAAACGAUAAAUUUACAAAAAAACAAUGGGCAAAACUAAAGGAGAUAGCAGCGAAAGCGAAGAAGAAUACUCUGUGGAGAAAAUAAUAGACCGUCGUGUGGUUAAAGGCAAAGUGGAGUAUUUCCUGAAGUGGAAAGGUUACAGUGAUGAAGACAACACUUGGGAACCAGAGGAGAAUUUGGAUUGCCCCGACCUGAUAGAAGAAUUCGAAAAAAACAGGAAACUUAACCUAGCCAAGGCGAGCAAAGACAAGAAAAGGAGCCGAAGAGAUUCAGAUGAAUCUGAAGAAUCUACCACAUCACAUGAUAAAAGUGAGAAGAAGAAAAAACGAACCAAAAGCCCAUCCCCAGAGUCUGAUGACGAGCCGAAAACCAGAAAGUCAAGAGGAGACAACUCUGACGAUGAAAAGAAGAAAGAUGAUUCUGAUGCUGAAGAAAAAUCCAAGACUAAGAAAAAAAGGUCAGAUUCCAAACCACAGUCGAAAAAAGACGAUGAUAAAAGAAAGUUAAAGGAGGAUGCUGAAAAAGAUUCCGAAGAGGAAGUAACUUCAAAAGAUAAGAAAAAGAAAAAGGGUGAUUCCAAAGACAGAUUAUCAAAGGGAAGUUCAAAGAAAUCUGGAUUUGACAGAGGUCUGGAUGCAGAGAAAAUAAUUGGUGCUUCCGAUUCAACUGGUCAACUCAUGUUUCUUAUGAAAUGGAAGGGAACAGAUGAAACUGACCUAGUCGCUGCUAAAGAGGCUAAUGUCAAAUGUCCUCAAGUGGUCAUACAGUUCUACGAGGAAAGAAUCGCUUGGCACACACCAGAUUCUGAAUCAUAAAUACAUAUAUUGGCAUUAAAGGUUUUGUAAUUGAAUGAAAUGUUAUAAUUUUCAUACUUAUUUUAUUAGAAAGUUUAAUUUUUUGAUAUUUGAUUUUGAUUGACUUAGAUGUAUAUUUAAACCAAACACAGUUUAAGAAUAAUUAGUUAUAUCGGUCUUAAUUUGUAAUAAAAUGUUCAUUUUUAGAAAAAA